UGGGGGCAAGUGUGCCGCGAUGGUGUGCGUCGUGCUGCGGUGUUCCGGACCGGUCCCAGACAGGUUGGUGUUCGACGGGGACUCUAUCCGGCUUCCUCGAUGUCGCCGUCGCUGUCUCCCAUCACUAUGAGCGCCGGAUCAGCCACCUAAUAUUUCAUCUCUUACCCGGACGCACCCCCGCGCGAGAAGAAACAAAAAAGAAAACAAAAAAAAAACUAUAUCUGUAUCGACGAUGAUAUGUGAACUCGGAUAACGCCUUCCGAUGAGGACUUGAGAGAGAUUUCUCUCUCUCUCUCUCUCACUUUUUUCUUUUCUUUUUUUCGCGCCGCCGAAUGUGUUUCUGAUUGAUCCUACCGCGCUCUCAUCCAUUCGCUUUUAUGAAUCUGGAAUCCGUGGCGGUUUUUUUGUACGAAAGUUUGACAGUGCACGGUGUCGACGAGCUAAGCCUACUUGUCCAAGUCUGCAGCAGCCUUCAUGGAGUGUAUGACUUCCAGCAUCUCAGACAACGAAUUAGAAAAAAUCCAGAAGAAGUAUGGUGACAUGAAAGGUGAGCUGAUCCUGGUCGACAUGGUGAAGGGGUCGAACAAACUGGGCUUGAGUCUGGCCGGCAACAAGGACCGCACCAAGAUGAGCGUCUUCGUCUGCGGCAUGCACCCCAACGGCAUGGCAUACAAGGACGGACGCAUUAGGAUAGGAGAUGAACUCCUAGAGGUGAACGGUGUCGUCGUGUAUGGGAGAUGUCACUUGAACGCGUCGGCCAUGAUCAAAGGUCUCUCCGGUACUGCAUACAAGAUUCUACUGCUGAGGAGAGACGGUGCUGUGGACGAGAUGGCUGUGAAGCCUUUAAACCAAUUUCCAUCCGAGCUUGACGAAGAGGCUACUGAAGACAAGUACUGCCAUUACAGGGGCAUGCGCACGGUCACAGUCAGAAAGGGCACUCACGGCCUCGGCAUUAUGAUAAUCGAAGGCAAGCAUGCCGAAGUCGGACAGGGCAUCUUCAUAUCGGACAUCCAGGAGAACAGCGUCGCUGAACAGGCUGGCUUAAGUGUUGGUGACAUGAUUUUAGCUGCCAAUGAUACAGAUCUGGUUGGAGCCGAUUACGAUACUGCUGCAUCCAUUCUGAAACAAGCAGAAGGCCUUAUCACACUGAUUGUCGCCAACCCCAACAAGCCUUCUCCGGGAUACAUCUACGAUGAUGCAAAGAAGAACAGUGAGCUCAUAGAGAAGUCAAACGAAAAGAACAUAACGAUCAAAGCCUGUGAAAGAAAGAAAGAGAAAAAGGACAUUGAGCCCUUGCUGGACCCCAAGAAGUGUGACAUCAAGCCCGGCAAGGAGACCACCAUCGAGAUCACCAAGGAGAGGAUGGGCCUCGGCCUCAGCAUUGUAGGAGGAUCGGACACGCCCCUGGGAGUAGUGCUAAUUCAUGAAGUGUAUCCUGAUGGUGCAGCUGCCUUAGAUGGUAGGCUUAGGCCAGGUGACCAAAUUUUAGAAGUGAAUGGCGAGGACCUGAGGAAUGCCAUUCACGAGCGUGCCAUCGCCGCCCUGCGCCAGACCCCUGCCGUCGUCCAGAUGCUGGUCUACCGGGAAGAGAGCCACCACGAAGAAGACGCUUUCGAAGCCUUGGAAGUGGAACUGCACAAGAAGCCAGGGAGAGGCUUGGGGCUGAGCAUCGUGGGCAGGAAGAAUGGGCCCGGGGUCUUCAUAUCAGAAGUCGUGAAAGGAGGUAUUGCAGAAGCUGAUGGUAGGCUAAUUCAAGGCGAUCAAAUUUUAGAAGUAAAUGGCCAAGAUUUAAAGUCAGCUUCUCAGGAGCAUGCAGCCGCAGUCUUAAAAACAACGAUGGGUAGAAUACACAUGAAAAUCGGUCGACUAAAAGCUGGGUCUAGAAGAAGCACGUCGUCAUUGUCUACGGCACCAAAAAUACAAGACAAUAUAGACACGCCUGCCGAGCCGAAGACGAUCGUCCUGGAGCGGCGAGGGUCGUCUGGCCUGGGCUUCAGCAUCGUCGGGGGCCGCGGCAGCCCGCACGGGGACCUCCCAGUCUACGUGAAGCGGGUGUUCGAUGGCGGCGCCGCGGCCAAGGACGGCCGCCUGUGCAGGGGCGACCAGAUCCUGAGCGUCAACGACACGCCCCUGGAGGGGCUCACUCACGAGCAGGCGGCCAGGCUGCUCAAGGAGGCCACCGGGACCAUCGUGCUCAAGGUGCUCUCCUAGCACUUUGGAGUGCCCCCCAAGGCACAGAUACAUUCCUGUCUGCCUCGAGGCAAGUGGACUGUCUGCAUGGCAGGGAGCAACCUGGAGUGGUGAUCGUGCACCGAGGGGGGAUCGCCCUCCCCUAA